AUGGCCAGUGAAUCUUCUUCCACUGCGAACCUUCGGCCAGCACUUCUGAAAUUCAAACAGAUACUUCCCAACUCGAAGGCAGAUGAUGUCAGCAUACAAGAAAACGAAACCCAAUCAAGUAGAAAUUGGUCAAGACAAACCUCCCCAAGGAUUAUCCGCGAGCAAGAAAAAUUCCAGGGCCUGCUGAGAGAAUUAUUUACGCCUGCCAAGGGUACUUCUGUCUUCCAGAGCUUAGCCAAAUUGUAUCAAAAAGCAAUUCGCGCCGGAUUGCGUGUUGCAAAGGCAAAUCAGGAAGAAAUUUUGUGCUGGUAUCGAUAUGCAGAGGGAUGUGAAAAAAGAGUAAAUGGUAUUAGGGCGAAUAAUGUUUAA